UCAUACUAGUAUUUAAUUUAACUUUAUAAAUUUUUACAAUAAGUUUAUAUAUUUAUAAAUAAAAUAUAUUCUUAAAAUGUUAAUACCGACCUGCAUAAUUAAAUUAUCAGAAUUAAUGUUAACAGUGGCGUGUCUCACUCUUCACCACUAUAGUUACGACUUGACCGAUGUACCCACAAUGAUGCUGUGCUCCGGUACUUAUAUUGGAUUCGUUGUUAUUCUCUCGGGAGAAAUUAUUGGAGAAAUAAUAUUUUCACCACUCGACCUCGUGCAAGACAUGUAUUUCGGUAUUCUCGGAACUGGGUUUUUUGCUAUAAGUGGCGGUUUGGUGCUGUCUUCAAGGAUCCGUGGGUCCAGUUAUCCUAGAACAGGAGACUAUAAUGCGGCACUGCUUUGUGGCUCCCUGGCGAUAUUGAACGCGUUAAUCAUGCUAUUUGACUUGAGUCUAGCGUAUUUAGACUCUGAGGAGUUCGAUGAAGAAACCAGCGUGUAAUUUGAGGUGAGACAGUAUCUGCAGCAGCAGACGCUUAUGUCGACGGGUGGUGGUCGGCAGCGGGCAGCCUGUUAUUUGGCACAUGCGGCGC